AGAAGAAGAAGAGGAAGAGGAAGAGGAGGAGGAGGAGGAAGAAGAAGAAGAAGCAGAGGAAGAGGAAGAAACGACUGAGUCGCCCAGCAAUCAAACAGAAACGUGUCAGAGCACUGAGAGAGAAAUCAACUGCAGGGGCAUUGGCAUCACUCACCUGCCAAGCUUCCAAAACCUUGAAGCCACGAAGGUGGAUUUGGCAGAGAACAACAUCAGGAUCAUCACAGCACAAGCUUUCUCGGGCCUCCUGAACCUGGACAUGCUGGACUUGAGUCAAAACAUACUGGACGACGAGUCGUUCAACCAAAACCCACUUUCUAACUUGACCUCUCUGAGGAAGCUGAAUCUGGAUGACAACCGCAUCACCGUGAUCCCGACGCUGCCUUCAUCUCUGGAGGAGCUCAAAAUCAAAAACAAUAAGCUGAGUGGACUCACACCGCACUGCUUCAAAGGUUUGAUGAACCUCCUGAAGCUAGAGCUGGGAGGAAAUACUCUUCACGAGGGCAGUGUGUCCCCUCUAGCUUUUAGACCGCUACAGAGACUUCUUGACCUCCAGCUGAGUAACAAUCACUUCCGGUCCCUACCACUGAACCUUCCUCGCUCUCUUCAGACGCUGCAAAUGACUGAAAAUCUAAUUGAGGAGCUGACAGAGGACGCGCUGAGGGGCUGCAUUCAUUUGAGAGUGCUCGAACUGAGGCACAACCGUCUGCAUGAACAAGGCAUCGCUACCCACGCAUGGACGCGUCUUAAGUCCUUGGAAGCCUUGGAUCUAUCUCACAACCUGUUCACUUCUGUUCCUCUAAAUCUGCCGCGCCCUCUUCGUAACCUGACCCUCCAGCACAACAACAUCAGUCACAUCCCAGCCUUCACGUUCCGUCACCUGCGGCCUGGCCUGCGGUCCCUGCGUCUGUCCCACAAUGACCUGAGCGACGACGGUAUAAAACAGUUCUCUUUUGUCGGAUCUUACCGCUCGCUGAGUGAGCUCCUAUUGGACAACAAUCGCCUUGGAGAGGUUCCUCGCUGCAUCAGGCAGUUUAAGAACCUGCAGGUGCUGAGACUGAGCAACAAUCAGAUCAGGCUGGUGAGGCAGUGGGGCGUGUGCCACCCUCGCAAUUCGGGCUCCUUGGCUUCAGUCCACCUCGAAAAUAAUCUGCUGGAAGUCGAGAAGAUUCCUCCAAAUGCUUUCUCCUGUCUCACCGACCCUCAGGGACUUGUUCUAUAUCCACAGCAGUGGUCUGCAUAUGACUGAUAGGACAGAGGGUGGGAUAGACAUACAGGAACACAUUUUUUCUCUCACUUUUGCAUCAUCCUAUAAUGAUACAGUGUUUGCAGAAAAAAAUGUUUCACCAUGUAUUUUGCUUAGUAAGCUGCAGCUUUCAUUAUAUCAUCUCUAAAGCUAUUUUCCUUUCACAUGUCAUCUUUGAUCAUUUCAGUAUGUAAUAAAGCAAACAUGUGCUUCAAAUUGUGCUUAAAAUAACCAAUGUUUUA